AUGCCUCCCCCAUCUACGGUCAAAAACAUCGCUCCGCCCGAACACCUCACGUCGCUUGCCGUGGCGGGCUUCGCCUCGGGGGCUCUCCGCUUCGGCACGAUCUCGCUGGCCACGCAUUUCCUACUGAACCGUCGGGUCCCGGUCUACCAGAACCUGACGGUGCAGUUCAAGGUGUUUCUGCAGAUGAGCGCGAUGAUCCUGGGAGGAUGUAUCUUCGCCGAGAGGCGGGUCACGGACUACAAUGAGUCCGUGAGGCGGCGGAACCGGGCCCUGCAGAGGUCUCAACGCGCGUGGAGUGAGGAGAGGGAAAUCAGGGAGAUGGCGGAGCAGAGGGCGCAGAUGGAGACGCUGAAGGGGGAAGGGGGGGAUUCUUGA